AUGAACCACGCCAGGCCUCGCUAUGUCAUCGAACGUCCUGCAUAUUCGGUCAGCCUCUUCGACGAAGAGUUUGAGAAGAAAAGCAGAAGUUACCCUGUUGGGGAAAAAUUGAAAAACCUUUUCAGAUGUUCAACUUCCCGAGUCAAACUCACCCUCUUUAGCCUGUUCCCAAUACUUGUGUGGCUUCCCAAGUAUAAAAUUAAGGACUACAUUUUGUCCGAUGUUCUCGGUGGGCUCAGUGCGGGGACGAUUCAAGUGCCACAAGGGAUGGCCUUUGCGCUGCUGGCCAACCUGCCUCCCGUCAACGGGCUCUACUCCUCCUUUUUCCCCUUGGUAACAUACCUUUUCCUCGGCGGUAUCCAUCAGAUGGUCCCAGGCACUUUUGCAGUCAUCAGCAUUAUUGUUGGGAAUGUCUGCAAUGAGCUGGCUCCAGAGUCAGACUUCCUAUACUUCAACCAAACUACCAAUACGACCAGUGUGAAUACCACAGCCCUGGAAGCGGCCAGGCUGGAGAUCUCUGCCACAUUAGCCUGCCUGACAGCCAUCAUACAACUGUGCCUGGGAUUCGUGCAGUUUGGCUUUGUUGCUAUCUACCUCUCAGAGUCCUUCAUCAGGGGCUUCAUGACAGCAGCAGGGUUGCAGAUCCUCAUCUCCGUGCUCAAGUACGUCUUCGGCUUGACAAUCCCAUCCUACACCGGGCCCUUAGCUAUCGUCUAUACAUUCAUUGAUAUUUGUAAAGGUCUGCCCCAAACCAACGUGGCCUCCCUCGUCUAUGCCUUGGUCAGUGCUGUGCUCCUGAUCAUUGUCAAGGAGCUCAACCUAAAGUACAUGAAAAAGAUCCGGAUGCCCAUCCCCAUGGAGAUCAUCAUUGUAAUAGUUGCAACAGCCAUCUCUGGCAGCUUUAACAUGCCCGAGAAGUACCACAUGCCAAUAGUUGGGAAGAUCAGCAUGGGGUUCCCAGAGCCAACCCUGCCCCUGGUGAACAAGUGGAAAGACAUGAUCGGGACAGCUUUCUCGCUCGCCAUCGUGAGCUACGUGAUCAACUUAGCCAUGGGGAGAACGCUGGCAACCAAGCAUGGCUACGACGUGGAUCCCAACCAGGAAAUGCUGGCCCUGGGCUGCAGCAACUUCUUUGGAUCCUUCUUCAAAAUCCACGUGAUCUGCUGUGCUCUCUCCGUCACUCUCGCUGUCGAUGGGGCAGGAGGGAAAUCACAAGUGGCAAGUUUCUUUGUGGCCUUGGUGGUUAUGGUGACCAUGCUGGCUCUGGGGAUCUACCUUGAACCUCUUCCAAAGUCUGUCCUGGGAGCCCUCAUCGCAGUGAACCUGAAAAACUCCCUCAAGCAGCUGGCCGAUCCCUUCUACCUGUGGAAGAAGAGCAAGCUGGACUGCUUGGUCUGGCUGGUGAGCUUCCUGUCCGCUUUCUUCCUGAGCCUUCCCUACGGAGUCGCUGUGGGUGUGGGAUUUUCCGUGCUGGUCGUGGUUUUCCAUACCCAGUUCCGUAACGGCUCUGCCCUGGGCCAAGUAACUUCCACUGACAUCUACAAGAACCCUAAAGCCUACAACAAGGUACAUGAACUUAAUGGGAUUAAAAUUGUGACCUACUGCUCACCACUAUAUUUUGCCAACUCAGAGAUAUUCCGCGAGAAGAUUAUAGCCAAGACUGGGGUGGAUCCUGGUAAAGUGUACUUAGCCAGGAAGAAAUAUGUGAAGCGGCAGGAGAAGGGGGCAGCACAACCACCAACAAAGCUACCGAAAUUCUUACUGAGGCAGAACAAGACCUUGUCUUUGCAAGAGCUCCAGAAAGACUUUGAAAGCACCUCUCCAACAGAUACCAAUAACAACCAGACGACUGCUAAUGGUGCCAGCAUCUCCUACGUCACGUUCCGUCCACCUGCCAACGGUGCUGGGCAAGUGCACAGCUCCAGUGAGCUGGGCAGCACCACCACUCUGCAAGGAAGCACAUUCAGUGUCAUGCCUACAGCAGAUGUUGACCCUGUGAUGACAGCACCGCCCUAUAUCAGCUUUCACACCAUCAUCCUGGACAUGAGCGGAGUGUGUUUUGUUGACCUCAUGGGCACAAAAGCACUGGGCAAGUUGUGUUCCAGUUAUCAGAAGAUUGGGAUUAAAGUGUUCCUGGCAAACGUGCACGCCCAGGUGUACAAUGACAUUAGUACAGGUGGAGUCUUUGAGGAAGGAGGCCUGGACCGAAGUCACAUCUUCUUGACGAUCCAUGACGCUGUUUUGUUUGCACUGGCAAAUAUCAAAGAAGUUGUCCACCCGCCCAUCUUAGAAGAGGAGCCGAACCAGACAGAGCUCUACAUCUAUGACGAGUCUGUGGAUGAAAGCAGUGCGGAGUUCAAGAAUUUGGAGGAGGAGAUGUUUGGAAGCAUGUUCCACUCAGAUACCCAGACAGCUCUGUGAGUGAACCCACAGGGAGUGUCAGCGUGCGGGCAAACCCUCCUGAUCAGACCUCUGUCUCCCAUCCCUUCGUGAAGAGCUGCACUUCUACCUGGGGAUACAAUAAGUUUGCAAAGAGGUCAUCGCUCCUCUUGAACUGAUAAAUUCCUCCCCUCCUGCCUGCUCUGCUUCUGGUAUUCAGAGCAAGGGACUCUGGAGCAGGCAACAGAAAUCUGUGGAAGCAGGAACUCAGGAAAUACCAUCUCAUUAAUUACAGAAGAGAAGUGAGUUCAUUUGAAGGCAGGUGCCUUAACACAUGGGACGAUUAGUCAUUAUUGCCAAGUCCUCUCCUUUGUCUCACACAACCACACUCCUCUGCCCACAUAGGCAUUAUGUAAUUUGGGCAUCCCCCUUCUUUCUUUUGCCGCCUUUCUCUUUUCCUGAUGAAGUGAAAUACAAGCAAAUCUUACGAGCCUUUCACUGCUUUGAUCCAUGAACAAAAACAACUCUUGCAAGGUGCGGCGGCGCAGCUUUGUAAGGUUGUUCUAAAGCGUGCACUGACCCUCGGGGUGUCCGCACAGUAAGUGCAAACCCCUGAAUUUCCCUGCGUGUCUGUGUAGCACCACCUCUGCCUUUCCUGUGACCCCCGGCGCUGCUCUCUCUGUGACCCAACGUCCCAGAAACCACUGCCUCAAUCCAGAGCUGUAUAUCUGAUACCCUGAGGACCUUGGUACUUUGUCUCAGCAGGGCUACUUUCUGGAUUACCUUUGUUUUUUUUACUUACUAAUAGGACUAGUUUGUAAUCAGAAAUAAGAAUUCCUUGUUGCUGUGUGUUAUAUGCACAUAUUGUCCUGCCUGCCUGGUAGGUCGAGUACGUGUUCAAAAGACCCAGGGUCAAGUUCAAAACCCCUCUGAAGUUUUUUAGAAAUCUUUCUACUGACCGAACGGUGCUUCAGAUAAGGGUCUUAGACUGUGAAUGGCAUGAAAGCGUUAUCCCAAGGGCGUUCUGACUCUUCCCAACUCCUUGCUGACUGGACCAAAUACAAGAUAUAGUCCCAAACGUGGAUGAGUGUUUUGGGGAAUUUUUCCCAAAUAAUUUUGGUCAGAAGUAACAAAUUCAGGGACAGGGAAGGAAGCCCCUUCUGCACAUUUUUCAUAAUGCCAUAGAUCCAGACCAGUAAAACUGAAAUUUGAGUGUAUUUUAUGCCUGCAAACAGGGAACAGCCCAAGAGACACCCUGUGCUAUGCGGGGCUUGUGGUGACAAGCUCUCAAAUGGUCACCUGCACAGCAAGAGACAACUUUUGUAUGGGACGCGAUAUUUCCAUAACAAUCCUCUACUGCAUGUUUGAUGAUUUUCAUUAAAAUUCACCACAGACUGAUGCUACCAGGACCAUCUACCUCUCAGGCAAACAAGCCUGCCUCACUAACCCAGAGACAGACAGCUGAGAUCUUAAUCAUUUCUUAAAAUCUGGCAUUCUUUUAUAUUUGAGUGAUGCUAAUAACAACUGCUAUUUUAGUUUCCCUCUUUGAUGCCUUCCCUUCUUACCCGGUGCUGAUGUUGUGACAGUAAUGACAAGAUGACAAUAUAAAGCCUGAAAAAUCUAAGUAUAAGCCGAGGGUUAAAGGGACCCUUCUUUUGUGCAUUUCAACCUCAAAUAUGGCUUUUAUGAAAAUAAGGUCAUUAAAAAAAUAAGAUAAAGACAUGUACUGGUAUGUCUUCAACUGCAAUGAAAACAAUUUCUUUUGCUGGAAUUUCAAAUCUUCUGACAAGGUAUUUCCAGCACUAGGAUAAAAUGCAAGCACCAACAAGACAAAGUGAACGGUAAUGGAAGUAAAACUUGGACAGUGUGUCAUCUUUCCAUGAACGCAAAAAAUAAAGAGUGGCCUUAAUAAUUAAAUUAAAUUAUAUUUUUAAAGGUUGUUUCUAUUUUAUUACUCUAAAAUAUUAAAAAUAUUAGCAAGCUUUAUGUAGAGUUUUGAAGUACAUUAACAUUGUUGAGCUGAUUCACUAGCAGAUUGCUAGAAGGCUUUCCUACAGCUCCCAGAUGUCCCAUUUUUAAGGAAAAUAGAGAUUCCUGAAGCAAGACAACCAUUAAAGGAAACAACAUCAGGAUCCUGCCAGUUUGGUUUUAUGUAACACCUCAUUAACAGCUAAGUCACCAUUUCUCUACCUCAGUUUCUGAUUAUGUGGUGCAGGAGAGAGUAAUAAAACCAAAGGAGGUUAGUUUCCAAAAGAAAAAAAACACUAACUACUGGUUAUUAUCUAUUUUAAUCUUAGACAGCAGAGAUUUUUCCAGAACCAUGUAUAGCUUGUUCUAUAAGGUAAAAUCAAGAGAUUCUUUCCCUUAAAUUAUCUUUGAGGGUGAUUACUCAUGGUCUUUUGUUACUGCCUGAGUGCUCCUUUCACUUGCUCGUUUGAUAAAAGCAACAAAGAAAUCAGUGCAAUGGAACAAGAAACUACAGUGGCUAAUCAAUAUUUCUGUAUCUCUGAGGUAGCAUCACAUUAAAUGAGGAAAAUUCCAGUUUCCAGUUCUUCAUUCAAGGUUAAUUACAGGAGGCUGAUUGCACAGUCUCGGGGCCUGACAGGCCAAACGCAGGAAGCCUCAGAGCAACAGACCAUGUGUAGAAAAUAGAUUGUAUUUCUUGAAGUUCCUACAAGCAUAAUGGAUGGGAUGUCAAGAGAGCCAGCUUGAAAGUAGCUGCACUGACUAUGUGCUCUGCGAUUCUGAUGACCUAGGAAGAAGGAUACCUCAUUUCUGUAGCCAUGGGCCAAUUCUGGCAAUAAAUGUAACGUCAGUGGGCAAAUGGCAUUGCUGGAGUCACAAUGUGGCCAGUUCAAAGUCUUAAUCUCAAAGUUCCCGGGCAAGAGAAUUAGGGAAGCUCAAAUUCACACUGGGGUAGGAAAAUUUUGGUCUCCAGUGUCCCUUUAUUGCUCUUACAGUAACAGUGAUGUUGAUGUGUAAUGACUCUGAAGCCUUACUUGAUAAAUGCAUGAUGUAUAACCAGCUCAGAAAUGUUUGUAAUUUAUUUAAUUUAAUAUUGGUUUCGUUCUUUUUUGAUAAUAAAGAAUGUGUGAACAAUC